AUGGCUCCAAUUCAAGAAAGAAUAGCUGCCUUUCCAGAUGGUAAUUCCCUUAUUUCGAUUCAAAAAUCUCGAUUAAUUGUCGGUAAUAGUGAAGGAUUGAUUAAGAUUUAUGAUUUAGAUCAAUUGGAUUUAGAACCAAAAUCAAUUGAUAUUGAUAAUAAUAUCACUAGUUUAGUUCAAUCUCAGGAUUUAUUAUUUAUUUCUAAUACAAAUGGACAAUUCCAAGUGAUUGAUUUGAAAAAUUAUCUUGAUCAUUCGAUUGAUAUUGUUGUUAAAACCAUUUAUCGAUCUGAAUUACCAUUACGUUCAAUUCAACUGAUUCCAACUUUGAAUCAAGUUGUCGUUGGUGGUGAUGAUCGGAAAUUGGUGUUUUUAGAUACUUCCAGUUCUGAAUUUAAAGCAAUAAAGACUCUUGACUUGAAUGAUCUGAUUGUUGAUUUAAGUUUAGGAUUGAAUAAUUCUUUAAUUAUAUCCUUAUCAAAUGGUGAAGUUAAAUUUUAUGAUGUGGAUGGAUUUGGUGAUGAUGAUGAUUUUACCUUUAAAAAAUCAGAUAUGAUCACUACGAAAAUCUUAACUUCAUUAGAUACUAUUGAUUAUAAAAAUGAUCAUCAAGAUGAAUUGGUGGCUACAAAGAUUCAUGCUCUUAAGAAUGGUAAUUUCUUAAUUCCUGCCAAUGAUGGUCCAUCAUCAAUAAAGUUGUAUUCAUCAACCUAUCAAGAAAUCACAGAAAUCAAAGAUAUAGAAUCAUCAGGAUCAAUUAGAUCAACUCAUAUAAAUGAUCAAGAAUCUUUAAUAGCAGUAUUAUAUUCUGAUGAUACAGUUAAGAUUUUUAAUUUAAUCAAUUAUAAACUUGAACAUAGAUUUCCAAUAAGUCUCAAUGACAAUAAUAUAGCCAUUAAUUUACAAUGGUUUAAAUAUGAUUUAUAUUUUGGAACUACUAAUGGUGAAAUCAUUUAUUUUAAACAAGUUGGAAAAGAAAUAACCACCACCACUUCUACAACUACUACUUCCACUGAAGCUAUUAUUUCUGCAGCUAGUGGAUUAUUCAUAGAUGAUGCGACUGAAGAUACAGAUGAAGAAGAAUAUGAAAAGAUUGCCAAAAGAGAUCGUUCAAAAGUUCAAGAGGAAGAUUCCAUGAUUAUAGAUCAAGAUGAUGAUAUUAAUGAUAAUGACGAUGAAGGAUUAUUUGGGGAUGAUCUUGAUGGUGAUAAUUAUGGUGAUAAUAAACGAUUUAAAUCAUCAAAGAAAUAUACCAAUGGUGGUAGUUCUACCUCAUCAUCAUAUUUUACCUCCCAUACUGAAGUGGAAGAAUUCCAACCAUAUUCUCCCGGUUCAACUCCUUGGAUUCAAGAUUCCAAAUCUGAUAAUUCAGGAUCAGUUGAAAGACGAUACCUUGGUAUUAAUACUGUGGGGCACGUUUGGGCUGUACGUAAUUCAGGAUAUGAUCAACAACAACAACAUUUAACUAUCUCAUUUUAUGAUCGAUCGAUACAGAAGGAUUAUCAUUUCACUGAUCAUUUUAAAUUUGAUUUAUGUUCUUUCAAUAAUCGUGGAUUAUUAUUAGGUUAUUCAGGUAUAAAUGAAAAGAAAAAUAAUGAUCAUGGAGGAAAGAUUUAUUAUAGACAUCAUGAUAGUGAAACUGAUUCUUGGGAAAAGACCAUUCCACUUUUAAAAGAUGAAAUUAUAACUGGGGUUUGCCUUUCUAAUACCAGUUCUCAAUCAUCAUCAAUAAUAACGGUUGGGACUUCAUUAGGAUACCUUCGAUUCUUUAAUUUAUAUGGGGUUUGUAUUAAUGUAUUGAAAGUCCAACCUAUUUAUGCCUUAAUCUCAUCAUCUACAUCAAAUCUUUUCACGGUGAAUCAAAUUGCUAAUAAUAUUUAUACUUUCUCAUUGAUUGAUAUUAAUCAAGAUUAUAACUUCAUUCAACAAGAUGUAUUAUUACCAAUCAAGAGGAAAUCGAAUGAAAAAUUAUUACUUAAGGGACUUUUCUUUAAUGAAUAUAAUGAUCCAUGUAUAAUCUCCAAUCAAGAUGAUACGUUAUUAAUCUUACAAACAUGGAGAGAUUCGAAUAAUUCGAAAUGGAUUCCAAUAUUGAAUUGUAAUAAUGUUAUCACUGAAUAUGGUAGUAAUCCAAAUAAAAAGAAUUGGAAAUGUUGGCCAUUAGGAUUAUAUAAUGAUCAAUUGAAUUGUUUAAUCUUGAAGAAUAAUAAUCCAUAUCCUGGUUUCCCCUUACCAUUACCGGUUGAAUUAAAAAUCAGAUUACCUAUUCAAGUGCAUAGUAUUAAUAAAGAGAAUGGAAGUUUGAAAAAGAAGAAGAAGAAGAAGAAUCCAGAUGAUAUUCUUGAUGAAGAUGAUGAAGAGGAGGAAGAAGAAGAUGAUGAUUUGAUGGAUACUGAUGGGUCUGAACAAAUUAAGAAUUUAUUCAAUGAUAAUGAUGAUCCAGAAGAAAACUUUUUAAGAUCAUUAACUAUGGGAAAAAUCAUUAGUGAUUCCUUAAAUGAUGAAGCUAUUGGAGGUGAUGAUGAUGAAAAUGAUGAAAUCAUGGAUCGAUUAACGAAAUAUUCGAUUCUUUUUGAUAAAUCACUUUUAAAAUUAUUUGCUGAAUCAUGUAAAGAUUCAAAAUUGAAUAAAGCAUUAAGUAUUGCCAAAUUAAUUAAAACUGAUAAAGCCUUAUUAGCCGCAUCCAAGAUUGCUGAAAGAAUGGAAUUUAUUAAUUUAUCGACAAAGAUUGGGAAAUUAAGAGAAGAUUUACUUGAUAUUGAUGAUGAUGAAGAUGAAGAUGAUAUAUAA